AUGGAAUCUGAACACUUCACUAGUCUUACACCAGGACUCAUCAUUGAAAUCUUGUCAAGGCUUCCGGUGAAAUCCCUCUUGCAAUACAGGUCGGUUUCAAAAUACUGGCUUGAUUUAAUUUCUACCCCUAAAUUUAUCAAAUCCCAUCUUAAUUUAUCGACUAGUAACAAAGAAAACACUCACCAUAGGCUUAUGAUGAGGCUUAGUAUGCCUCUGUACAAUCAAUGUUCAUUUAGAUCUUUACUUUACGAUUCUGUUACAGAAACAACUGACUUGAAUAUUCCCAUGAUCAAAAACCCUUAUGAAAAUUUUCAUAUUUUGGGUUCGGUGAAUGGAUUGAUUUUGGGUUCGGUGAAUAGAUGGUAUAGUUUUGACGGUGAGCAAAAAGACUUGUUUCUAUGGAAUCCAUCGAUUAGAAAGUACAGGAAAUUGCCUAGUCCUAGUUUUGAAACUAGACGUUCAUAUGCUUCCGAUUAUAGUUAUUGUUUUAUAUAUGAUGAGUUUCAUGAUGAUUAUAAGGUAGUAGUCAUUCUCUUUGAUUUCAAACAUGUCAGUUCGAUUCGACUUGAGGUCAAAAUAUAUAGUCUAACGAGUAAUUCUUGGAGACGUGUUGAUAAUAGUUGUCCUCCAACUGGGUUAUAUUUUAAUGUUUCUGGCAAGUUUGUGAACGGGAAACUUUAUUGGGCUACUAAUCCUGCUGGUCAUGAAUAUAAGACCAUGAAUGACGGUUGGAACAUCGUUUCUUUUGAUUUGGCUGAUGAGAAAUGGGGAAAGGCAGAGAAGCCCACCUUCGAGGAAGGAGAUAUUGAUUCACGGCUAGAAGUGUUGGGUAGUAAUCUUUCUGUCUUUUGUUAUAACAAGAGAAGGUAUGUAUCUGUUUGGGUUAUGAAUGAGUACGGGGUUAAAGAAUCUUGGAAAAAGAUGUUUACCAUCAAUUAUUUUGAUAAGCCCUAUGUGCAUGAACAACCCUAUUUCAUGUCAAAUAAAGGUGAAGUUUUGGUUGGAUUUUCACGAAGUUUCAAGAUAUACAAUCCAAAAGAUAACUCGUUCAGUCCAAAAAUUAUUAACUAUGAUCGAGAAGCUGCGGAAAUCUACAUUGAAAGCCUAGUUUCUCCUUUUCCAUCGGAGGACCAGACUAGUGAUGCAACAACGAAGAAAAGCUCAGAUCAAGACAAUCAAGUAACAAAUAACUAGUGCUUCCUCAGGAGGCUGAGUAUUCCAAAGGCGAUCCAUAUCUACCGAGAACAGAAUAAACUAGCUGACAGCUUACUACCACUGAAGGAAGCUCCUCUCUAAGGCUUUUUUUGGGGAUAGUCCUGCAUCCAUGAAAGAUAUUUUGAGCGUUGACAGAUAUCGAGUUAUGUUUGCUAGGAGGGUUAAUGCUCUGACAUUCAGCCCAUAUUCGCAGAAAUGGAAGCACAGCCACGCAGCAUAAUAUGUUGGAUGUGGAUUAGUACGAUUAGGCGAUUACUGCUCAUAUAUAUAUUCUGUUCUAUAUUUCGAAUGUGAAAUGUUAAAAUAUU